UUGUACAUGGUUAACAAGUUGUUUAUGAAUUUUAUAUGUUGUAUGUUAUAUACUUUAAGAAAAUUAUUGUAUGAUGGAAAAUGCAGAUGAUAAUAGCAAGUUUAAUGUAGAUUUAAACAAAAAACGUUCAGAUUAUCUGUCAUGGGAAGACUAUUUCAUGGCGAUUGCAUUUCUUUCAGCUCAACGAAGCAAAGACCCAGUGACACAAGUUGGGGCCUGCAUUGUUAACAAUGAAAAUAAAAUUGUUGGGAUUGGAUAUAACGGUAUGCCAAUUGGUUGCAGUGAUGAGGUGUUACCAUGGUCAAGAAUUGGAGAAAGUUUUAUGGAAACAAAAUAUGCUUAUGUAUGCCAUGCUGAACUUAAUGCAGUUUUGAACAAAAAUUCUGCUGAUGUACAAGAUUGUAUUAUCUAUACAACACUUUUUCCAUGCAAUGAGUGUGCUAAAAUUAUUCUACAGUCUAGAAUUAAGGAAAUAGUUUACUAUUCCAAUAAAUACAAAGAUCGUCCUGAGACUCAAGCAGCUGAGAAAAUGUUUGAUCUUGCUGGUAUCAAGCAUAGGCAACAUCAACCAAAGCAGAAGCAAAUUGUUAUUGAUUUUGAUCGAAUAAACACAUUUAAACCUACUCCUACUGGAAUGAAGUUAACUGAUAACUUUAGUAAAAUAUCUAUUGAUGAGAACUAAAGUUAACAUUUUAUGUGAAUUGAACUGUGCAGGUUGUUACUAAGUGUUGGGAUGGAAAAGUUGUGAGGUUAUAGAAUAGCAGAUGGAUUAGUGAAGUACUGUCAUUGUGGGGGAUGUUGUGUUAGAUUAGCAAUGGAUUGCCAAGCUAAAGCAAAGAUUUGGGCAAAAGGUGAUGUUUGUGCAAAAGUAUAUAUUAAAAAGAAAGAGAGAAGAAAAUUAUAAAAAA